AUGGCGACCAAAGAACAACUUCGACCUGCGACGACGACCACUUUCAACGUGACUGAGCCUCAUGUGUCUGAACGGGAUGCAGACGUGACCUUCAAAGUACUGAGUCAGUACGGUGGUGAGCUCGCUCAGAGCCUUGACCGUGAGGGGGAAAAGCGGCUGGAUCGAAAGCUCUACUUCAUUCUCGUACCGUUGUUGGUGUUGAUCAAUCUCCUGCUCUUUGUCAGUCUGGCGCCUCUCACUCAGUCCUUAUUCAACGAGCAAAAGCGAUGGGCGGCAAUCCAUCCAUAUGCUUGCAAAAUUGACAAGGCCACGUUGGCGUACUCGUCCAUCCUUGGUCUCUUCGAAGAGACCGGGAUCGACGGCGGGAAAUAUAACAAUCUCAACACCCUCUUCUACGCUGGGUAUAUCAUCGGUCAGGUCCCCGGCCAUUAUCUCAUGCAGCGCAUCCCGCUGUCGCGCUUCAUGGCCGGUGCCACGUUUCUCUGGACGCUGAUAGUGUUUCUACACUGCACCGCCAGUUCCUACGGCGGCCUCAUCCCCCUGAGGUUCUUCCUGGGAAUGGUCGAAGCCCCUGUCGUCCCCGCGAUCGAGAUCACACUGGGCAUGUUCUUCGUCCCGGCGACCCAAGGUCUCUUGCAGCCCCUGUUUUGGAUUUCGUGCUUGGGUGCGCCUGUGCCCGCCGGCUUCAUCGCCUAUGGCUUGCUCUACACCCAUUCGGCGGUGCUACCUUGGAAAUUCUUUAUGAUCAUCACAGGGUCAAUGACUUUUCUCCUCACGAUCCUCGUCGCAUUCAUCUACCCCAACAAUCCGGCCGAGGCACGCUUCCUCACGGUCCAGGAGCGCAUACAUCUUGUCCACCGGAUCCACGCCGCGACGACGUCCAGCAUCGAACACAAGCAGCUGAAAAAGUACCAACUGCUCGAAGCCGUCCGCGACCCGGUCUCGUGGCUGUUCGGACUCCAAGCAUUUACGCUCAUGAUCUCCAACAACAUCGCAUACCAGCAGAACCUGCUCUUUGUGUCCCUGGGCGUGUCGAACCUCGGGUCGACCCUCGUCUCUGCUGCGUCGGGCGGUUUCAGCGUGGCGUGCUGCAUAGCUGCGACUGUAUUCCUGCGCUACAUUCCCUGGCGGAAGGCCUACUGGUCUACGUUUUGGUGUCUACCCGCCGUCGCAGGCGGCAUCGGCAUGUGCGCGCUUCCGUGGCACAGCAAACUCAGUCUCCUCGCGUGCCUGAUCCUCGCGGGGAGCACGUUCGGCAUCACCUACAUCAUCGCGCUGGGCUGGACGACGAGCACCGCCGCCGGGUACACCAAGAAGCUCGCGCGCAACGUCUUCUUCAUGGCGGGAUACGGCAUCGCCAACUUGAUCUCUCCGCAGAUCUGGGUGACGCGCGACGCCCCCCGGUACUAUCCCGCCUGGGCCGUGCAGAUAGUCAUCAGCUGGACGGGGACGCCCCUGAUACUGAUCAUCAUCCACCUCGUCCUGAAGAGGAGGAACGAGGAACGGUACGCGUGGAUCGCGGAACAGGAAAGGUUGGGCAAGACGAGGACCGGCAUCAUCGAUCGUGUCCGUGAGGACGGGGAGAAGGUUCAAGUCGAGGUCGACGUGAGUCUGUUGGACUUGACCGACGGAGAGAACAAGUACUUUAUUUAUCCACUGUGA